CCAGCUGUGGAUCAGCUGAUCAUGUAAACAACGCAGAAAGCUGUCGUUGCCAAGUUCGAAACACUGACAUAGGCGAGUGGCACACACUUAUAUAUUGUUUUGUGUUCUGUAUGUAUCUUGUCAUUCGAAUCUCAGAAUGGAAAACAAAGAACUAUUUCUUCAAUGUAAGAAAGGAGACUUAGAAAAAGUAAGGUUCUUAAUAGAGCAGCGAGAUGUAGACGUGAAUAUCCGAGAUAAAUGGGACAGUACCCCUCUAUAUUAUGCGUGUUUAUGUGGACACCAACCAAUAGUUGAAUAUCUUAUUGGAGUUGGUGCAAGAUGCGAAGCAAAUACUUUUGAUGGAGAACGAUGUUUAUAUGGAGCGCUAACUGAUGAUAUUCGACGCAUCUUAACACAGCAUAAUUUAGUAACAACCCACACCAUUAGAAGGGACGCCUAUGAUGAAUUUUUAAGGAGGUUGUUUGAAAGUGGCGAAUACAGUGAUGUUACAUUCGUGGUACAAGGGCAGUUGUUUGCUCUCCAUCGGUGCAUACUUAGCGCACGCUCAGAUUACUUUAGAGAAAUGUUUGAGACAAAAUGGCACAACAGACCAAAAGUUGCCAUCAAUAGAGAUUUGGUGGAGCCCGUGUCCUUCAGCGCGGUGAUGAAGUAUAUCUACACGGGGCGGUUUGAGUGCCCGGUCGACCAGUUGAGAGGGUGCAUUCGUAUCGGCGUGAACUGCAGGCUGCCCAACUUCAAGGAAAUGCUGGAGGACGCGCACAAGAAAGCGCUCAGUUUGCAAAUGGGCAAGCAUGGUUUAGUGAAGGUUACCAUGGUAGUUGUGGAACCAAACGCCUCGUGUGGCCUCGGUUCGGAGGAUGUGGCGUCCGACCUGCGAGAACUGACCCAGGCCACCUUGCCCCCUUCCCUGCGCUUCUGGCCCACCGAGAUGCCCUUCUGCCACACUGACUUCGAGCCGGACUACGCUGACGUCUGUUUCAUGGUGGAAGGACAGCCGUUCAUGUGUCACAAGAUGUUCUUCUGUCUCCGAAGUGAAUACUUCAGAGCUCUCCUACGGGAUCACUUCCACGAAGCAGACUGGUGUAAUUCAUCUGGCAGUCAAAUUCCUACAGUCACACUUCACAAUAUAUCUGCAGAGGUGUUUGCCAUCCUUGUACACUACCUAUAUUGCAAUCAGACUAAUGUUUCAUUAGAGAAUGCAAUGGAUGUCAUGGUUGCAGCAGACAUGUUACUGGUGCCAGGGUUGACUCGACAGUGUGGGGUGUUCCUGGGGACACAGCUUCAGAUCGAGAAUGUUAUUACAGUCCUCCGAUUAGCACGAAUGUUCCAACUUCCACGUCUGGAGGAUCAGUGUGUUGCUUUUAUGGCCAAAAAUCUUGAUCAGGUUCUGGAACUCCAAGAGCUACAUGAUCUAGUGCUGGCUGAUGCAGCAGAGGUACAGGGACGUCAGGAAACAGACACAGUCACCAUCGUGGAUGAACUGCGGUACCACAUCUCAUCAGUGGUGCAGAGCACAUCAGAAAUCUACGAAGCGAGGACAAAGCUAGAAUCUUUGGAAGCUCUCUUGGAAGAUUUGGGCAUUGAGGCUUAAGCUUUGAUUAAGCUGCAAGGGUCUUUUGCUUGAAUUGGCAGUUGGGCAGUUGAAUUAUGUGAGCUAGCAUUUUGGCACCAGUUCGACCAUCCCUAGCAAGGAUAGUUCUGUAUUUAUUCCAUCAUAUGGUGGGAGUUGGAUUUUUUUCUUAAAGAAAUAGCCUUACAGAUUAUUUAUCAGUGGCAGAUAAGGGUAUCAGAAUUUUGAUGCUGCUUAUACCGUAAGCUUUCCCUUGUUCAUAAUAAUGACAUUCUGAUUUGUCAUUCAUGCUAUAUAUCUUUUCAGAUCAUUUUCCUAGCUGUUGAAUAGGUGAUAGUGUAGAAGAGUAGGAAAUGUGUAACAAUAAUCCAUUUUGCUGGUCUUGGCCUAUCUAGGUCUUUUGAGUUAGGAAAGCAGAUUCUUUGGUAAAUAAAUUUAAAUUCUUCUUAUACAUUGUUAAUGAAUUUUUAUAUGGUCUGAUGACUUAAAAGGACUUAUUCAACUAUUUUUUAAACUAUAUUUAUCUUUUUUUCUCUCUCUCUCUAGAUUUACUCUCAGUUGCUCCUCUACACACAUAAACAAGCAAUAGAAACCUUUAUAUUAUUAUCACUUUUUUAAUGUAAUUUUUUGCAGCUGCAUUUUUUCAUGAUGGAGUAUUCAAUAUUUUGAACAUUUGCUGUUCAGAUUUGUAGCCACAUAUUAGGGCGUAUGGACAAAAAGGGAGAAAACUUUGGGCUGAGAUUUUUGCUCUGUGUUAUAUUUUUAGAAACAAAAAAACAAAACCAAAAAAAGAUAUUGCCUUACUUCAUCACACUUAACCAGAGAGCAAGAGAGGAAGGUGAUUUGGUGUUAAAGAAACUUUUAACAGAAUUCACAUGAGCCUAAAAGUAUUUUUUAAAUUUAGAAAAAAAUUAUGCUGUAUUGUUACUCCCAUCAAGUCAGUUGGGAUUUGAGGUCUUUUUCUUCUUCUUCUUUCCUUCUUUCUUUUUUUUAUAAACAAAAGAUUUGCCUUGCAUCAUCAGUCUUACUAUAAUUUCUUUCUCUUCUUUUAAUAACCAAAGAUCACAUGCACACUGUGGCCUCCAGUGACCUAUAUUUCAAGCUAUUUAAUUUCUUACAAACAGCAAAUGAGCAGUAUCACUAUGCAGUGUAAUGAGGUUUGCAGUGAAAAAAUAUAUAUGUCAGUUUAUUACAGAACAGUAAUAUGUCAUUUCUUUUAUAUUGAGAAAUUAGAUUCUUGCAAAUUUAAGUCCAAAAGAUACUUGGUACCUUCAUUGGCAGAACACCAUUACAUUAAUCAUAUACUUGGACAUGAACAUUGAUGGCCUUACACUCAACCCUUCAAAGAAGAAUGGUCCAAGAUAAACAUGAAUUAUGAAAGGUUAUUGAGAAAAAUGCAUCAGGGUCAAAUUCAGAAUGUAUUUAUGGGGAAAAGGCCUUAUAUUUGAGGUUAUCUCUUUAAGUCGUCUAUAACUUCCCUUUAGUCAAAAAUGUAUAAUCCAGUUGUCAUUUAAGAUGAAAUAGCCAAAGUUUAUUUUUGUCUUGAUCAAGAAUUUAAUCUUGUGAAUUUGUGUACAUAACAUUCAAUGAAGAUGAACAUUGCAGAUUUGUCUGUAACAAUUCUUCAAUUGUACAUUUUAUUUUUAUGAUAUAUGAUGAAAUAUGUUAGACACUUUAUUGGUUGUCACAUAGACUGAAAAAUUAAAUAUAUUAUACCCAUAUAA